AUGGAUUACGCUAUUGGAUGGAAUCGUUUUAACUUGUCGGUAUUAGGAGUUUGGCCGGAACCUACGAAAACAACGUUUACAUGGCGAUUAAUAUCAGCCAUUAUCUUUUGGACGAGUACGACUGUGACAUUUUUGUUCAUAUGUGCACCACAAACAGCAGAUCUGAUUUUGAAUUCAACAAGUUUGGACGAAGCUAUCGAAAAUUUAUCUAUCAACAUACCAAUCGUAUUCGCUUUGAUAAAACAAAUCGUCUUGCGGUAUCACGGUAAAGCUUUGAGAUCAUUACUCGUAGAAAUACUUCACGAUUGGACUGACAAUAAAAUGAUACCUGAUCCAGAACGUUUGACGAUGUUGAAAAAUGCUAAAUUGAGUAGACGAAUAUCACUUUUCUGUUCAACUUUGACAUACCUAAUGUUGACAGCCUUUAUAUCGCUUCAAACGUAUGCAAACAUGGCUAGUGCAUCCGAAGUAGAUCUAGGAGGGCUAUUGCAUCCUGCAACAUUUCCAUACGAUACCAAGAAAAGCCCUUAUUUCGAGAUCACUUGGAUGGGACAAUUUAUGGGAACAGUUCUAACAGCUAUAUGUUAUUCUUGCUUCGAUACAUUUCUCGCUGUUUUUGUUUUACAUUUGUGUGGACAAUUGUCGGUUUUGCAAUUGAAUUUAAAAGAAUUGUCUAACUUAGCAAAACGUGACAUAACAUUAUUUCAAAGUAGACUUGGAUUCAUUGUCAACAGGCACGAACAAUUAUAUAAAUUCGCCAUAAUAGUUGAGGAUUGUUUCAAUCUAACCCUACUCGGACAAACUUUAAUUUCCACAGCUAUGUUUUGUCUGACUGGAUAUCGUAUGAUUACGUCGAUGGGAUCACAGGAACAGGAAUUGCCAAUAGUCGGACUGAUAUUUUUUGUUAUUCACGUAAUAUACACGAUGUUGCAUUUAUACAUUUAUUGCUACGUUGGUGAAACACUUCUAGUCGAGAGCACUGGAAUAGCUUUCUCCGCUUACGAUUGCGAAUGGUAUGACUUGCCACCUAAAAAGGCAAUGUGCCUGAUGAUAGUAAUUUGUCGAGCAAGAAUAGCCUUUCAAAUCACGGCUGGAAAAUUUAGUCCAUUUUCUUUAGAGUUGUUCGGUGCCAUCAUGAAAACAUCUGCCGGAUAUUUAUCGGUAUUACUCGCUAUGAAAGAUCGUCUAAUUGAAGAAUAA